AUGAUGUCGGAUGAAAAGCUCAUCUUCGACCUUAUCAUGGCCGAUCCAGGCCUCCCUCGACCAAACCCGACCCAGUCUUACUGGCAGCAUGUACCCCAUGCCCUGGCAAACAUUCAAUCCUCGACUCUCCCAACUGAUACAGACCAUGCCAUUAUUGGAUCCGGAAUCACAGGCCUUACGGUUGCCAAGAACCUGCUGGAGCGCGAUCCAUCUAGCAAAGUAGCUAUUCUAGAAUCUCGCACUCUGUGCUCUGGGGCGACAGGUCGCAAUGGUGGCCAAAUGGCUGCCAAUGCUGGAGAAGAGUAUUCCCAUCUUGCACAAACCUAUGGUCCGCAAGAGGCAGGGAAGAUUGUGAAGUUUACAUUUCGCAAUCUAGAAAAGAUGCGACAGCUGAUUGAGGAUCAAGAUGUAGUGAAAGCGAGCGAGAUGCAGCAGCUGAAGAAGCUGCGUGUUUUCUUGACUGAUGCGAAAUUUCGGGAUUUCAAGGAGAGCAUCGCCCGUCUGGAGGGAGACCAUCCGUCCAUGAAAGGCAUCUAUACAGUCAUUGAUGCAGCUACGGCAUUACGGGAAUACGGCGUUCACGGAGCAGCCGGGGCAGCGAUACUCCCUGCUGGGACGGUUUGGCCAUAUCGUCUAGUGACAAGGGUCUUUGCAGCUUUGUUGGAGAAGUAUCCAGACCGAUUGACCAUUGAGACGAACACCCCUGUUGAGUCUGUGGAAUACAAUUCUAACGUCACAUCUCCCGAUUAUCCGUAUACGCUUCGAACACCUCGAGGACCACUACGCGCAAGAUCGGUUGUCUAUUGCACCAAUGGAUACAGCGGGCAUCUCCUGCCCCGAUUACGAGGCCGGAUCCAUCCUUUUAAAGGCACGAUGACUGUCCAAGACCCCAAGAAAUCGGUACCUGAUCAAGGUAGUUCGAUUUCGUGGGGGUUUCAUUAUCCACCAUCGUACGACCCCGCGACCAAGCGACAUGGCUAUGGACUGUAUUAUCUAGCACAGAGCGCUAAGACGGGUUAUUUCUACUUUGGUGGCGAGAAUACACGAGUCGAUGAAUCCGUUUCUGCCGACGACAGUUUCGUGGCUGAACACUCAGUAUCCCAUCUCCGAACGGUGCUGCCGCAGUUCUUUGGUCAAGACGGCUCUGCUCCGUGGCAUCUAGUGGCUUCGUGGAGUGGAGUCAUGGGAUUUUCGUCGGAUGGUCUGCCUUUGGUAGGGCGACUUUCAUCGGCGUUGACAGGGAGAAGUGGCACCGGAGAGUGGAUCGCUGCUGCGUUCAAUGGCUAUGGCAUGGCCAAUUGUCUCAUGAGUGGCGAGGCUCUAGCGCGAAUGAUAUUGGGUGAAAAUGUAGACGACUGGCUGCCAGAGGCAUAUGGCCUGGGUGAGAGGCGGUUGCGAGAGACACUGACGGUCCCGCAAGCGGUAAAUGCAUUGAAGGCAAAAUUGUAA